CCGCCGUCGGCUGGCCUCACGCCGGCAGGCGAGAAUUGUGACCGAUGACGAAGAAGAAAAGGAAGCCCCCUCACCUUCUCGGGGGUUCUGCAAAGUUCAAUCGCGUUUUAGCUUGCUCCGCUGCUCCGGGUCCUCCUUCUCAGAAGAUUUGUGACUCCGCCGCCGAGCCGUCUCGUAUUUCAUGCCCGGCUCUGGUAAAUGCCUCUCCUCCGGUUGAGCUAAAGGGAUUGACUCCCUUGCUCUCGGACGGAGCGGUCGUCUCGUCACCGUUGCCGAUUGUUGACAUUCCUCUCUCUUCCGCCGUUCCAGUUGAGGCUAUGGGUUCCCCUAAUUUGCUUCCUGCGGCUAAGAUCAUUUCCUCGCCAGUUGAGAUCCCAGUGUUUGAGAGCUCCUCCGCUGUGGAACCAACUGUUACUCUUGAUAGGUCACCUCCGACUGGAGCUUUACUAAUCAAAAACUCCUCGCAGGACGCGGUCGUUGUCCCCGUUCCUCCGUCAAAAACGGAUCUUCCUUGGGCGUCAAAGUUUAAAGCUUCUCUCCGGAAUCUGAAACAGAUGUCGCCGCCAUCCUUUCUCGAAGAUGGUACGCCGGUAGUGGUUGCUCCACCAUCUGUGCUGUUAAAGACCGCAGAAAUGUGGAAAGGACAUCUAGUGGCUCAAUUCCAUGGUCUCAGCCCUCCUCCCUCGAAGAUUUUCAACGAUUUGAAUCCAAUUUGGGGAAGAUAUGGAAACAUCACUGUGAGGCCUAUCUCUGAAACAGCAGUACUGAUUUUCAUUCCCUCCCCUGCAACUCGUCAAUGGGUGGUUGACAUUGGCUUCUGGCAAGCAGGAAACUGUUCUUGCACAGUUUAUGCUUGGUCUCCAGAAGGACCUCUUGAGUUAGAAGAACUCCAAACUGCCCCGACGUGGGCUAUAUUAAGGAAUAUUCCGCCUCAGCUCUACUCGUUGGAAGGUAUAAGUGUUAUUGCCAGUGGGAUCGGUGAACCCCUCCACACGGAGAAGUCGAGGUUGGAUCCUAUCAAUAUUGGUGUCACAAAGGUUAAAGUGGUGAUAAAGCUCGACUCUCCUCUUCCCUCCACAGUGGUUGUCAGAGAUGUCCAAGGGAACUCGGCUCGUGUUGCAGUUGAGUAUCCGCGACCCCCGCCAAAAUGUCUCAACUGUGGAAGAUAUGGGCAUCUUCUUGGUCGCUGCCCAAAGCCCUUGAUGAGGAAGUUACCCUUCAAGAAAGAUAUGCCUUCAGGGUCAAAGGAGGUAUUACAUCCUUCUUUAAUAUUGCCCGAGGGUUCAGACAUUAUUGAUAGCUCCAAGUCCCUAAGGAGGACUGCAAUGGAGGUCCCUUCUACAAAGACUAAAAGAAGGAGAUCUAGAUCAAAGAAAAGGUCUACAAGCACUCCUCCUAAGAUUUAUGAGCCUCAGGUUGUUGGAAGUAAUUUAAGUAAACCUGAGUCUUCGGGAGUGGCUGGUAAAAGAUGGGUGAUGAAAUCUCCUGUGAAUCAUGGAGGUCAGACCUUGACCAUAUCCGCCGGUCUUCAUCCUCCCUCUUCUCUUUCCCAGCCUUCUCAGCAGACUCCUUUACCGAUUCAGAAGCCAAUUAUUAUUGAGCCUGAGGUCCCUUCCUCAUCCAAGGCUGAACCUACUAAUCAGAGUUUCCCUAUUCCUCCUGGAUGGGGAGCAAUGUCUAAGAAGGUGAGGAAAAAACUUCAGAAGAUAUGGUUCAACCAAAAUAGAUCUUCAGCAAAUCUAGCUCAGGCUGCUACUCGGGGCUUAAAUAGCCAUUCGCGUCAACAUGUGGUUAGAGGCUGGGUCGCUUCUAAUAAAUUUCUAGUAGGUUCUUUUUUGGAAACACAUGUCUCGGAGGAGAAUGCUUCUUCGAUUUUGGCUUCAACCCUCCCGGGCUGGAGAAUGGAUAGCAACUACUGUUGCUCUGAGCUGGGACGAAUCUGGAUCGUUUGGGAUCCCUCAGUUUCAGUUUUGGUUUUCAAGAAGACGGAUCAACUCAUGCUAUGCAGCAUAAAGUUGCCGAAUCUCAGUGAUUCUUUUGCGGUUGCUUUUGUGUAUGCAAGGAACACUGAAGCUGAAAGAAGACUCCUUUGGGAUGACAUCUCAGCCGUGGCUCAUUCAACUCCCCUAGCUUUCACUCCGUGGGCUUUAUUGGGAGACUUUAAUCAGAUAGCAGCUAUUAAUGAACAUUAUUCUGUCAUCCAGUCUGAUUUUUCUUUGAGGGGAUUAGAUGAUUUCCAGUCUUGCUUACAAGACAACGAUCUGGUCGACAUUCCGAGCCGCGGGGUUUUCUACACAUGGUCCAAUCACCAGCAGGACAAUCCCAUCAUCAGGAAACUUGACAGAGCUUUGGCUAACUUGGAAUGGUUUGACGUUUAUCCUUCUGCUAUGGCGGUUUUCGACCCUCCAGGAGAUUCUGAUCAUGCCCCAAUUAUCCUCAACAUUGAAAAUCUGCCUGCUAGAUCAAAGAAAAGUUUCAAGUACUUCUCUUUCUUAUCUUCUCAUCCGACCUUUAUGUCCUGCAUUUCUGCUGCUUGGGAAGAGGAGAUUCUUGUGGGUUCAGAUAUGUUUACACUCGGAGAACACUUAAAGGCUGCAAAGAAGGCAUGCAAAUCUCUGAACAGGCAGCGUUUCAGUAACAUCCAGCAGAGAACAAGUGAGGCUCUCUCUCAUUUGGAGGAUAUCCAGACAGAAAUCACAAUUGAUUCUGGAUGGUGGGGAUUUCCAGAGCAGCUUGCUGCUGGCCACAAGGUUUGGAGUUGCGCAGGGAUCAUUACCGGAUCAAUCCUCUGUUUUUUGAUAGAAACAAUGGGCGUUGAAGUUGUAAAGUCUGGUGGAUUUGAGGUUGCUCCGGCUCCUUUCGAGGGGAAACCCGAAAAGAACGGGAAGUUGGACCAAGGAAAAGGAGAUAAAGUCUCUAUCACGUUUGGUUCACACGGUGAGCCACCAAAGAAAGCCGAAGAGAAUAUCAACAAAGUGUUGAACUCUGAUGCACCAAAAAAUGCUGCAGAAGAGUGGCCUGCGGCCAAGCAGAUUCACUCUUUCUACUUUGUUAAAUACCGUUCUUACGCUGACCCGAAAAUGAAAGCUAAGCUUGAGCUAGCUGAUAAAGAGCUUGAAAAGUUGAACAAAGCUCGGAGUGGAGUUUUGGACAAGUUGAGAGCUAAGAGGGCCGAGAGAUCAGAGUUAUUUGAUCUUCUGGACCCGUUGAAGUCAGAGCGUAAGGGAUUCAACACUAUGUUUGAUGAGAAAAGAAAGGAAAUGGAACCAUUGCAGCAAGCACUGGGAAAGCUAAGGAGCAAUGAUGGUGGGAGUGCUCGUGGCCCUGCUAUCUGUUCCUCCGAGGAAGAGCUCAAUAGUAUGAUAUACAGCUAUCAAUAUCGGAUUCAACAUGAAAGCAUUCCCUUAACCGAGGAGAAGCAGAUUCUCAAAGAGAUCAGGCUGCUUGAAGGGACAAGAGAUAAGGUCAUUGCUAAUGCGGCAAUGAGAGCCAAAAUCAAAGAAUCUAUGGGUCAGAAGGAUGAUAUCCAAGGUCAAGUUAAGUUAAUGGGUGCUGGUUUGGAUGGAGUGAAAAAAGAGAGACAAGCAAUUUCAGCAAGGAUCAAUGAGCUGAGUGAGAAGUUGAAAGCUACGAAAGAUGAGAUUCAGGUACUGGAGAAUGAGCUCAAGACUGUGAGCGAAAAGAGAGACAAAGCCUAUUCAAACAUUCAUGACCUCAGGAAGCAACGGGAUGAGACGAAUUCCGAGUAUUACCAAAACCGUACUGUGUUGAACAAAGCUAGAGACUUGGCUGCACAAAAGAACAUAAGCGAGCUUGAGGCACUCUCAACUGCCGAGGUUGAGAAAUUUAUUUCCCUUUGGUGCAGUAAGAAGAAUUUCAGGGAAGAUUAUGAGAAGAGAAUCUUGCAAUCACUUGAUAGUAGGCAGCUGAGCCGAGAUGGACGGAUGAGGAACCCGGAAGAGAAGCCUCUGAUUGCUCCAGAGGCACCACCAUCAAAGGCAACACCUUCUGAAAGCGAGGCUGUCCCUAAAGCUAAGGCAAAGCCGCAACCAAAGGAGGAACCAGUCUCUGCACCUAAACCAGAUGCUACUGUUGCUCAGAAUAUUGAGAAAGCUAAAGAUGCAGUAAAAGUAAAGAAUGUUGCGAAUGAAGAUGAUGAUGAUGAAGUAUAUGGUCUUGGAAAGCCGCAGAAGGAAGAAAAACCGGAGCAAGAGAAGAAAGCCAAGAAGAAGACCGGAGGCAACACAGAAACCGAGGCUGAGGAAGUUCCAGAAGCUUCUGAGGAGGAGAUUGAAGCUCCGGUGCAGGAGGAGAAACCACAGAAGGAAAAAGUCUUUAAGGAGAAACCAAUAAGGAACAGGACCCGUGGUAGAGGACCAGAAACUCUCCCAAGAGCGAUCCUUAAGCGUAAGAAGUCGACUAAUUACUGGGUUUAUGCUGCUCCAGCGGCUCUGGUGGUACUGUUGCUUCUUGUCUUGGGUUACUACUACGUUCUCUAGAUCGAACGGAGUGAUCAAGCGAAGGUGUCUUGUUGUAGUUUGGAAUACUUUAAAACUGGGAUUUUUGCCUUCUUGACUCUUAAAAAACUCAUAAGCUUAUGCAUCAUUUACAUACGAGUAGAGACUCUUUUCUUUUAAGUACUUUUACAUCUUCACUUCUUUGUUGUUCUCUCUUCUGUUGUUGAGGCUUUAACUUUGAAGGAAGAAAACAGUUUUUGUUAC